UCAAAGAAAUAAGUAAAGAAAAAAACUGCUCAUGGCAUUAUUAUAAGACAAACUUGCAACAGAAAAAAAGUUGCAAUUGGCCACCUAUAUAAACCCAUUAGAUUCACUCAUCUCCUUGAAAUCCAUCCAAACAACUCUCCUCCACCCUUCACCAACCACAAACUCCCAAACAAUGGCAUAUUUGCAACAAAGAAGCCUAAUUGGCAAACUUAGUAUUUUCCUUUUCCUUUGCAUAGUACAACCUUCCUUUUCUUCUCCACAUCAACCUCUUUCCAGACGCCUUUUGACAACCACACCAAGAAACAUGGUCAAACAAUACCUUGCUCCCCACAACAAAGCAAGAGCAAAACUUGGACUUCCACCUCUCAAAUGGAGCAACAAACUAGCAAAUUACGCAAGCUGGUGGGGACAUCAACGACUGGUGAGUUGCGAGUUGGUUCAUUCCCGCGGGGACUACGGUGAAAACCUUUUCUGGGGGAGCGGCAAGGAUUGGAAGCCACGCGACGCUGUCAUGGCGUGGGCAAAGGAAGGACCUUAUUAUGAUUAUAAGAGCAAUUCUUGCAAGAAAAAUGAGCAAUGCUUGCAUUAUACACAAAUUAUUUGGAAACAAAGUACAACAGUUGGCUGUGCAAAAGUUGUAUGCAAAACUGGGGAUACUUUGAUUAGUUGCAACUAUGAUCCACAUGGUAAUGUAGUAGGAGAGAAACCUUUUUAAGAGAGCUUUUCAAUAUUCUCAUUCAAUGUGUGCAUACACUGACCCCGGAAAUUAAACUAGUCUUUUAACAGUGACGAAUCCGGGAUUUAAACGUUGCAGAUUCUGAGUUGAAAGAGCGCGUUUGAAAUGUAAAUGUAAUUCUAUUUGUAUUGAACACACGAAUCCAUGAUUAAAUUUGUCAUUAGCUAA